AUGGCGGACACAAGGCAAGAAAAUAAAGGAGUUGAUAAUCCUGGAGCUACUACAGACGACGGGACACCUGCGAGACCAGACUUAGUUAUCAGUGUACAGCCAAUGCAAGGAACAGCUCGUGCCCAGUUACCAGUGCCCACUGUGGACUGGCGUACCAACAACCGAGGCCAGUUCAUCCCCAUACAUGGACUGGAGUUCCUUAUCGGCGUCUCCAGCCUGCUCAUACAACAAACAGUGGAACUGAAUGAUCUGACAUCAAAAAUCGAGUCGGAAAACAGAUACAUAGUGCGAGUGCCCAAUGGCGAAGCUUUAUAUAUAGCGAGCGAGACCUCAAGUUCCACGCAGCGCUGCCUCUGUGGGACAGGUCGAGCCUUCACUCUUCACCUACAUGACAACACCAGGCAAGAAGCCAUGGUCUUCAGAAGACGACUGGCUGCUGCAUCAUGUUGCUUUCCUUGCAGAUUACAGGAGAUAAAAGUGGUGACGCCACCAGGAGACUAUGUGGGUCGUGUCCAACAACAAUGUACUUGGAUGAUACCGUUCUUCAAGGUCAAGGACGCCAAUGAACAGGUGCUAUUCGCUAUCGAAGGACCGGAUGUGCUGCUGAGGAGUGCUCUCAUUAUUUCUGAGUUCAGGAUAAUGACCAGUGACUGCCUACGCCAGGUGGGCAAGAUAGCCCACGGUUGGGAUAGAGACCUGAACAGCUUUACCACAACGCUGCAAGUACCUGACGCCGCUGUGCAGCCAAAACACAAAGCCUUGCUGUUAGCUGCUGCCUUUCUUCUGGAAUACACGUACUUCGAGAGGUCUAAAACGAGUUGUUGCAGAUUUAAUUGUUGUUAG